UUUAUCCUCCAUUUUCAGGUAACAUAUCAGUGGAAGACGCUAAGGUAGCUACUAGCAACAUGGAAGACCCAUACAGCAACGAGCCACAACGUCAUCCAGCACUGCACACCAGCUCCCUGCGACCAUACAACGCUGAACCACCCUCUGCUCUUCUAGUUGAUAGUUUCAUCACUCCCACGGCUCUGUUUUAUGUACGAAACCACCUGCCAGUGCCCGACGUGGAUGAGAAAUCAUACGAGCUGGAGAUAUCUGGAGUGGGCAUCAAAAGCACCACUCUUACUCUGGAGGAUAUCAAGAAGUUUCCCAAGCACUCUGUAACAGCUUGUAUUCAGUGUGCCGGGAACAGACGCAGUGAGAUGAAUCAGGUAAAGCAAGUGAAAGGUCUAGAGUGGGGAUCAGCUGCUAUAGGUAAUGCCACAUGGUCGGGGGCAAGACUAUACGAUGUACUAACAUCCUUGGGUCUCAAGGAGGAUGAUCCCAGAGUGAGACAUAUUCAGUUUGAUGGAUUGGACACUGAUGUUACCAAUGUACCUUAUGGAGCCUCCAUCCCUGUGGAGAAGGGAAUGGACCCCAGAGGUGACGUGCUGUUGGCGUAUGAGAUGAAUGGAGAACCACUAACAAGAGACCAUGGAUUCCCUAUACGAGUUAUCGUCCCCGGAACUGUUGGUGCUAGGAAUGUCAAGUGGCUAGGGAGCAUCGUGGUGGCUGAGGAGGAGAGUUUGUCACACUGGCAACAGAACGACUACAAGGGAUUCUCACCCAGUGUGGAUUGGCACAACGUAGAUUUCAAAACUGCUUCGGCAAUACAGGAAUUGCCCAUCACCAGUGUGAUCGGUGAGCCAACCAGUGGGGCCUCUCUCAGACUGGACAAAGGCAAAAUCAAGCUCAAAGGAUAUGCAUUCUCCGGAGGUGGCCAUCAGGUGGUCCGAGUGGAUAUAACAGCAGACAAAGGACAGAGCUGGCACACAGCACAACUAAUACAGGAACCGACACGACCUCCACGCCAUUGGGGCUGGACGCUGUGGACAGCUGAUAUUCCUGUUGACCCUAAGGCAUCUCAGGUAGAGUUUUGGGUGAAAGCUGUUGAUAACAGUUACAACACUCAACCUGAGUCAUUCAGUCAUAUAUGGAAUCUGCGUGGUGUUCUGAACAAUGCUUAUCAUCGAGUAAAAGUCAACAUCAUCAAGUAACUUUAUUAUAAUAUUUGGUGUUCAUAUUUAUUGUUAUGGUGUUUAUAGAAGUUUUCUUAGGGCAAGGGUUGAUGUUUUACUGAUAUACGUACCUGCUACUACAAGUUUAACGACACUAUUGUGUUAUGAUAUUAAUAGAAUAGAAUUUUUAAUUAGAUCUUACAUAUUAAAUAUAUAAUGAGGUUCAACCAGUGAGUAGAUGAUAAAAUCAGUGGAUAGCCUUUUUUAACAUUAAUCCUUCAUGUAUUGCUGUGAAAAUUACUUUAUGCAUUUCUAGAAACCAUAAAUGAAAAUAACAAUUCUAGUUUUGUAAAUUUAACAACAUUAAGUAACUUGUAACAUUGGUAUUUAUUUAUUAUUACUGUGUUUAUAUGUUAUUAUGGUAUUUAUGAGUUUGUGUGGUGGUUUAUGUUUUAACUGAUAUACGUAAUAUAAAUAGUGACAUUAUUGUGUCAUGAUAACAGAAUAGUGGGUGUUAUAAUAUUAAGUUAGAUCUUUCAUAUUGAAUUCAUACUUAGGUCCAUUCUGUAGGUAGAUGUUGCAAUUGAUGGACAGUCUUAUUUAACAUUAUUCCUUCAUAUUUUGCCUUGAAAACUACUCUCUAGGUGAAUUUGUGCCAACUACUGAAUAUGAAAAUUAUGUUACAGUUCUAUAAUUUUGAAAAUUCAACAUCUACAAGUAACUUUAUUAUGAAAUGGUGUUUUGUUUUGAUAUGGUGUGUUUUAGAAAUUUGUGAGAGAGGUUUUAUGUUUUUACUGAUAUACGUAUUAUAAGUUUAAUGAUACUAUUUCGUUAUGCUAAUGAAAGAAUAUCAGGUAUUUUUUUAAGAAUUUUAUGUUAUAUUUUUCAUUUCAAAUUUAUUUUUAUUUGAAAUGAAAAUAGUAUAAUUGAUUAAUAAUUCUUGUACAUUAUUCAUUCACAUUUACCCUUGAAAAUUACUAAAUAAUAUUGUUUGCAUUUGUGUUAACCACAUGAAAAUAUUAUUACAAUAUCAUGGGAGCGUUAACAACACACAACCAUCAAUUUCCUGUUACAGUUUACAAACUUACAGUUGUUAAAACAAGUAUUACAAGUGCGAUCGAACAUAAAUUUUGUGUUGUAAUUGAAGUAAGUUGGCAGGGUUUUUUUGCAAACAUGUUGUAACCAACUACUGCCAUAAUCCAGCACCUACUUUUUAUGUAUAGAAAUCAUGAAAUUUCAUGUAUAUAUAUAUAUAUAUAUAUAUUCACAAAAUUCUACAGUCUGGAGGAGUUUGAAUCUGGCAGCAGUGAACUUGAUUAGUUUAAAUUGACCUAAUUUGUUGAAUUCUUUAAUUAUUGUUCUUUUUAAUGUAUAAUUUCACUUAAUGACAAACAAAAAUGAUUAGGUUAAGAUUGACUUAUUACUGUUCUCAAUGAAUAUGUAAUAAAGAUUUAUGAUUAUGAUUAUAUAUAUACUUCAUUUACACAUAAAUUGAUAUUAUUUUGUUGCUCAAUUUUUAUAGAUUAUGUUUUAUCAAGAGUUGUUGUUAUUUUGUAGUUUAUUUUUAUAAAUAUCUUGUUUUGAUAUUAUUAAUAAAUACAAAAAUAAAAAUAACAUUGAUUUUGAUGUUAUUUGACACUUACUA